AUGGAGGCUCUGCAGAUACAGAAAGAUCGAGAAAAUAAUGCAUUGGGUCUCCACCUUCGUGGAUUGGAAGGUAACACGAGUUACCUCAAGUAUAUUAGGAAAAGUUUUGGUUUCAAGAAAUUUGUUAAACAGAUAGGCUUUUGGUCAAUGGCUCUCAGGAUGUGGUUGGUUAGCCAAGGAUUAUUUAGUCCCGUAGCUCGAUUCCUAUCGCACUCAGUUGAGAUCCGUGAUUCGAUCUCCGGUACAGUAGGAGUGAAGUUACCAUCACUGCCUUGUGAGAAGACCCGGGACUGCUGGCAGUACACAGAGCCACUGUUAGAGUGCCACGAGGGGCAGUGUUCGUGCUCUCCACCGUUCUGUUGGAUCUAUCACUAUGAGGUCAGCGAGCCUUUCUCCGCCAAGUAUGUCUUCAACUGCGGCACCUGCGGAGUGUUGGGGUCAUGGUGCAACGCCAGCAUCACCUGCGACUGGCCUGGGGUGUGCUGGAGUGACAACUACUGCCACUGUCCCCGUGGUGAAAACCAGAACAACCUGUGCGUGACGACGGACACGUCCUGGACCUACAAGAUGGUGCUGAUUGGUCUGGCACUUAUCGUCUUGUUUACCUCUGUCCUCGUCGCCUACAACUGUUAUGUCAAUCCACCAUGGAGACAGACGGAACCCUGGUGUUGUGGCCUGUGUCCUGGAGCCCAGGGAGUGGAGCGUCGUCAUUCAACGCAGAAGACUCCAGCAUUCACCAUUCAAAGCCAUUACGCAAGUCACGAGUCCGUUUUGUCGUCCAGGGCCUCCAACGACCAAGGAACGAGAUCUGAAUCUAAUGUCGGAGGAAGAACUUCCCGAUGGCGUCUCCGUUCCAUCUCACAAGGUAGCCACGAUAAUGAAGGCACGUCGAGCAUAUCUUCCGUGUCGACCGCCGUCACCAGUGUAAGCCAGGCCAGCACCGAGACUACUAGUGAUGGUGUUGCUCCUGCCACUGCUACUUCUGAGCCUCUUGCGGUGGACGGCGACGAUCAUGAGCAAGUCUUUACCAUCAACCUGAAUGUUUCUUCGGAGACGGUGAAUUUCCAGGCUCCCUCGGAGGAUAGCAGGAGUGAUGACGAGUCGUCUGUGGGGUCGUUAAAUAGCUGUUCUCACGAGAGGUGCUCGUUAUGUCUGCCUAAAGGACCCAUGACACGACCUUCCAGCGUCGUCACCCCUAACAGCUUAGCCUCGGGAAAUAAAUCCAUGUUACACCACUUCCAGACACGAAAUUCAAUGGACACAAAUAUUUAUAUAGAAUCUACUCAUCUUUAGGUUAUGAUAUUAUUAGUCCUACUUGUUUUGUUCCAAUAUCGUCAAAAUAUUGUGAUUAAUGUAGAUAAAUGAAUCUUCACUAUGGAGCACCUAUGUUGCUAUCCAUAAGGUUGGUCUUGAAAGCCACUCUCCUACAUAUGUGUUAUUUAUGAGAGGGGUUGUAGGAAAGGUCGCGAAUGACUUCCCAUAUCUGAGAAAGGGCGUGAAUAACUCCCGCCACUCUUCCCCUUUCUCUACACGCCUACUAUUCGUUAUUGGUUGUGAAUGACAGAAUAUACUGUUCUCUCAACAUACGUUUAGUGACACCAACGGCCCCAUCAUUCAAGCUUUCGACUCUUAGUCCUCUCCAGCAGGAAUUAGUUGUUUAAAUUUAGAACACUCCUUCAGUAACUUCCACAGUUUUUUGUCUAUACAGCCUUGCACCUCACCGCCUCUAUUGCCUUGCCACAACAGCGGUGAUCUGAGAUGAUCCAUAAAAACUGUAUUCUUCAAACCUUGUUUGGGUUUCUGGUCUUCUUAUCGCUGUAGUGUUCAGGAGACUACACUCUACCGCCUUCGUAUCGCACACACGUCUCACUCAUGGGUAUUUCAUGGAGAAGCGCCCAGCGCCGCUCUGUGAGAAUUGUCAAGUUCCGCUGUCAGUUCACCACCUACUAAAAGACUGUCCUGUGUUAUCAGUGGACACGCAGAAUUUACCUCCGGCGUCGUCACCGCUCUAACACACUAUCUGUAGACGAAUGGUUCAGAGAACUGACAAGUUGAUAAAUUAGACCCAUGUGCAACACUUGGGUAUAUUUAAUGAGGAAACGUUUCGCCCCACAGUGGCUUCAUUAGUCCAUACAAAGGAGAAUGGUGAAGAACAGGAGUUUGAGGUAAUCAGUCCCUCAGCCUUGAUGUGAUCAGUCAUGCCUAACCUUUAGGCAUGACCUACUUCCACAUUUGGAUUAGUUAAAUGUGAUACCACCUACGACUGCUUCACCUCACCUGCCUAUAGUAUAUAAGCCACUUCUUCUCACAUAUGCUGUAUUCUUUUCAAGAUUGAUGGACUAAUCACAUCGACUCAAGGUUGAGGGACUGAUUACCUCAAACUCCUCCUGUUCUUCACAAUUCUCCUCUGUAGGGACUGAUAAAGCCACUGUGUGACGAAACGUUUCCUUAUUAAAGAUACCCAAGUGUUGCACAUGUGUCUAAUUUAUCACACUUUAUCUGGCUUCCUCGCUGACAGCCCCACCUUUGACGUAGACUCCCUCUUUGACUUUUUUGUCAGUGAGACCUUGAUCACACCAACUUGAUUACAUUUUCCCUUUAGCGCUCCCAUCUACCCAUACUGAC